CCGAAUCUUACAAAACAGCAGAAACAUGGGAGUCAUGGUGGAAAGAAGACGUUCCGAUGUGGUCCUGCUCGGAUCGUGUCUGCUACUGUGUCUUCUGAACUCAGUGUCGUCGCAACAAUGUCCAGACGGGUGGCUGAGAAACCAGCGGUCCUGUUACCUGCUAGUGGACACGCCAAAAACAUGGCGAGACGCCAGGGACGCAUGUCAUCAGCUCCAGGCAGAUCUGGCUAGUCUUACUACUGCAGAUGAACAGACUUAUAUGGGGACGCAGGUCGGCGCCACCUACUGGUUCGGUCUGUCCGACAUCGUGGCAGAGGACGGCUGGCAGUGGGCGGACGGCACGGACUACGACCCUGCAGUCACCAACUGGGGCCCAAACGAGCCAAACAACCAGAACGGCGAGGACUGUGCCGAGAUCCUGUCUAACGGACGGUGGAAUGACCAGGCGUGCACAGAUAUGCAUGGAUACAUCUGUGAGAGACGUACUGGACUUGCAACAACGUGUAGAGGAGGGUGGAACCUUCUGAACGGACGAUGCUACUUUUUCAGUAACAACCAGCCGAAGCUAAGCUGGUUGGACGCACAGAAAGAGUGCGAAAGGAGGAACGCCAACCUCGUCUCCAUCACAGAUCUGGACGAACAGGCUUACGUCGCCGAGAAGUCCCUGUCCGUUAGGCCAGACGGAGUCUGGAUUGGUCUGUCUAAUGUCAAUUCACCCGCGCCAAACCAGCCCCAGUGGAGUAAUGGAAUGGACAACUUCACCUACGAUCGCUUCACAACAGGCGGGCAGCCUAAUUGGCAGUGGCCGGGAGCAACCUGUGUGUUGUCCCUGAACGACGGAGGCGGGGGAAGAUGGGAGACCAGACGGUGUGGACUAGAGAACAGAUACAUCUGUGAGACUGGAACUGCAGGGUCUUGCCCGGCUGGUUGGCGUAAUUUCCAAAACAAGUGCUACCAGUUCAGCGUCCAAAACCGUGGACCCUGGAUUGAAGCCAGACACGACUGCGAGUCACACGGAGCCAGGCUGGCCACAAUACAUAACCAAAAUCAACAAAAUUUCAUCAACUCCAUGUUCCCGUCGUUGCAAGCUGCAGGAGUUACAGACCUCUGGAUAGGAUUGUCAGACUUUGGCGAUGACGGAAGAUGGCAUUGGGAAGAUGGGGUCGGGUAUGGUAACACCUUUCAAAACUGGUUCCCCAACAAUCCUGGAGAAAACACCGUCAACAGAGAGGACUGUGCACGGGUGUAUACAGGGUCAACCGCCGGGCAGUGGGAAGCAGUGGACUGUUGGAACGUACACGGAUAUGUUUGUCAAAUUCCCGAAGGAACAUCUUUAUUGUCAGGAGACUGUUACGCAGCGCUCGGUAUGGAAGACAGGUCCAUACCGGACGGACAGCUAUCGGCGUCGACGGAACUCGAUCCACAGCAUGCCGCCAAGUACGGCCGACUGGGCAUGUCCGACGCUAGUAUCACAGGUGCCGCCUGGUGUCCAACGUCCACAGACUCCAGUCCGUGGAUAGAAGUGGACAUGGGUCUGCCGGGCUUUCGGGUAUCAGGCGUUGUAACACAGGGUGCCAGAACAAACAAGUGGGUAGCGAGCUACAAGUUAGCCUUCAGGGACACCGCGUCCGAUGACUGGGUCGACUACACUGACAUCGACCACAGGAAUGGGGUCUUCAUAGGCAACAACGACGAGGACACGCGUGUGAGGAACGUCCUACAGGAACCCCACGUGACCCGCUUUACCAGGGUUUACCCCAUAAUCUGGGCCCCGGCCGGCGCGGCCAUUCGAAUGGAGCUACUCGGAUGUGAUACAAAACCAGCUCAAACUUAUUGUGACGACGGCUGGAUCCUGUGGGAGAACUACUGCUACUUGUUCCAAACACAAGAGCAGAAAUGGACACAGGCGGAAAGCCGCUGCACCCAAGUCGGCGCACAUCUAGCGUCAAUCAGGACUGCCCAAGAGAAUGAGUUCAUUCGCUCUCACAGUGCGGCCCGAACAAUUUGGAUCGGUUUAAACGACAGGGGAACAGAAGGCACAUUCAAAUGGACGGAUAACACUGGGGUGGGCUAUCUAAACUGGCUGCCUAACCAACCAGACAAUGCGGGAAACAAUGAGGACUGUGUUGAACUGCGCACCAACGGGCGGUGGAACGACCACCAAUGCAACAACAACAAUGUCAAAUUUGACUAUGUCUGCAAGAAAGCACCAAACAAUGGCGACCCACCACCUCCGCGGACAACUGUAGGCUGGACCAGUAACGUCUGUCCUCCGGACUGGGAAGACAACCCUCUGAACGACUACUGCUACCAGUUCCACACAGGGUCCUUCCGCACAUGGCACGACGCCAGGGCAGUGUGUCAGGCCAACGGGGGCGAUCUUCUCAGUAUUAACACACCUUCGGAAAGUGCAUACAUCACAGGAAGGCUUGUUUCGGUCACCAACAUGGCCACCAUGUGGAUAGGAGCUCACGACCAGACCACAGAGGGCGGGUGGAGUUGGGUCGACGGGUCCCCUUUUAGGUUUCUCAAGUGGGGAGGUGGGGAGCCUAACAACGCUGGAAACGGUGGCGAAGACUGUGUUGAGAUUGCCGUUACCAAUGGCAACUGGAAUGAUCUCAACUGUGACAAUCUCAGAGGGUACAUCUGUAAAAUGAGAGGAAAUGUACCGACACCAACUCCCAUCCCGGAUCAACCAGACGAGCAUCUUAUCCACAUAUGCGAACGCAACAGUGACACCAUCAGUUGUCUUGGAGACGAAGUUAUUCAAGUCGUGUCAGCCAACUAUGGCAGGACCGACGCUAACGUCUGCUCUAACAACCCCGUAUCUGUUGUAGACUGUGUCAGCUCAUUGUCACUCCAGACUAUUCAGAGCAUAUGUGACAACCAGCAGUCUUGCACACUAGAGGCCAACAACGCUGUGUUUGGAGACCCGUGCCAAGGAACCUACAAAUACAUAGAGGUCCUCUAUAGGUGUACUCAAAGCGUGUGCCUUGUCCCCGUGGGUAUGGAAUCCGGUGCCAUUGCUGAUUACCAACUGUCAGCCUCAACUAACAACCAGUAUGCUGGAAGAGCCCGCCUGAAUUACGUGUCCAGUGACAACAACCCGGGCGCCUGGGUCCCUCUGUCGGGAGACCAACAACCUUGGGUACAGGUCGACUUCCGGGCAACCAAGAAGGUGACUGGUGUGAUCACACAAGGAAGACAAGACGCAGACCAGUGGGUAAAGACAUACAUGGUGCAGUUCAGUGACGACGGCAUUUCCUACAGGACCUACAAGAGCAUAGAUGGCAACGAUAUGAUUUUCACCGGUAACACGGACAGAUCCACCAGUGUCUCAAACAACCUGGCCAACUCCAACUCUAUCCUGACCCGGUUCAUCAGGAUAGCUCCUGUGGACUACCAGGGUGCCGCAGGCUUACGAUUCGAAGUUCUGGGUUGCGACCCGGCAAACAUUGCAACGUGUUUAUCGACAGGAAAAGACCUUGCAGAGUCCAUUGGAGAGCAGUACUACACAGUACAUUGCCCGCCUGGCUGUGCAUCGCAAACUUCCCUCGUCUGGGGAACAGGAACAUAUGCCGAUGAUUCUUUUGUCUGUGCCUCGGCCAUUCACGACGGGAAGAUCACUGAUCACAACGGAGGCGAAGUGACGGUCCUCAUGCAAGCUGGGUUAAGCGCCUAUAUUGGCAGUACGAUGAACGGCGUCACUUCGCAAAGCUUUGGAGCAGACGACGCAUCGUUUACUUUCAACCAGAACGGUUUGAGAUGUCCUACCGGCUGGACCUCCUUCGGUGACAACUGUUACAGACUGUACGACGGUACUGGGGACGACCUGAAAAGCUGGAGACGAGCCAGUCAGAGCUGUGGACAGCAGGGUGCAGAGUUGGCAUCCAUCUCUAACCAGGCAGAACAAAACUUUGUCUACAGUCUUAUUCAGCCAGCAUCAAUUAACAACGUAUGGAUCGGUCUAAAUGACAGAACGGUGCAGAUGUUCUUCCAGUGGUCUGAUGGCUCGCCUGUCACCCUCACCUUGUGGAAUACCAAUGAACCCAACAACUAUCAAGGACGAGACGAGGACUGCGUUAACAUGUAUAAAACUAAUGGACUUUGGAAUGACGCCCAGUGUGAUAGCCACUACCCGUAUGUCUGUGAGAUACCGAAGCAGUCACUGCCAGAACCAACCGUGCUGCCUACCGUUGCCGGAUGUGAGCAGGGUUGGAUGGGAUACGAAAACGGCUGCUACCUCUUCAACAGUAACCCUGCAGUGUACCAGGACGCACAGCGAUCCUGUCGCAGUCUAGGUGCAAACCUUGUGUCUGUUACCGACAGAUUUGAACAGGCGUUCCUUUCUGCCCAACUGGGGAACCGGGACGGAAAUUAUUGGAUCGGCCUCCGCGGAUCCCGGGACGACAACGGAGUUGUGGUUUACCAGUGGAGAAACGGUGAACCACUCAGCUUCACUAACUGGGACCGACUCCAGCCAAGUUUCAGUUGGGGCGCUUGCGUCAGUAUGACUGCCGGGCUGCGCGGUGGAUUAUGGGACGACAACAGAUGCGUCCAGACGUUCCCCUACAUCUGCGAGAAGCUGCGGAGCGGCUACACACCCCCUCCGGGUGUAACUCACGCAUCGACCGCUAGGUGUCCUGGUGGAUGGCUGACGCAAACAGGCGUUAACUACUGUUAUCAGAUAAACCAGGUAGCCGGACCUUACCGGAAGACGUGGGAAGAUGCGCGGUUACACUGUCAGUCUCAGGGCGCUGAUCUGGUCAGUCUUCACAGGGAUGCAGAAAUGUCACUGCUCACCAGCCAAAUCAAUUCAGCUUGGAUGGCUUUCUGGAUUGGAUUGAAUGACAAAGAUGACGAGGGAGGUUUCAAGUGGUCCGAUGGUAGAGCCGUGGGGUACACGAAUUGGAACGACGGCGAACCUAACAACGCAAACGACAGGGAACACUGUGUGGAAGUUGUAAUAGCCGGAUCCGACAGUUUUUGGAACGACCUUUCCUGUACCUCCUACAGAAACUGGAUUUGUAUGGUUUCCAGAGGUGACUCAGUCGUCAUCCCCACCACACCACCAUCCGUCCCAGAAAAUGCGCCAAACUGCGCUGGAACAACUGACUGGAAACUCUACAGCGGCCAUUGUUACUACGUCAGCGAUUCUAAUCUCCAGUCUUGGCAAGAAUCACGUGACUACUGCCAGGCAAACGGCGGAGACCUCGUAUCCAUAAACGACAUGCAAGAGAGCCGAUUCCUGAUUGGCCAGACGUACGGCUCCCUGUCUACUCAUCUGUGGAUAGGGUUGAGGGAGUAUGGAGUUGACGGCGUCUACACCUGGUCUGACGGCUCUGCGUAUUCCUACCUCAACUGGCUCGUCAAUGAACCGAACAAUGCGGGUGGAGCCGAGCAGUGUGCAGAAUUCGUUCCGAACAACGGAAAGUGGAAUGACGCCAACUGUGGCACCAGUAAUGGAUUUAUCUGUGAGCGUCCCCUCAACCCACUUCAGCCGCCACAGCCUACACAACCGCUGCCUGGCAACUGUCCAGCCGGGUGGCAGACCUACAGGAACAAGUGCUACAGGUUCUAUCUUUCUGACGACUUGACAAAGACCUGGAGCGAUGCCAGGGACUUCUGCAUGGGUCUGGGAAGCAACGAGAAUUACAACCUGGUAGCCAUAGAGAAUGAGUAUGAACAAGCCUUCAUCAUCAGCCAGCUGCAGGGUAUCCGUAGAACUGUCUGGAUUGGACUUUUUGACAACAUAGACGAGAGUCAAUUCUACUGGACCAGCGGGCACCCGGUCACUUACACUAACUGGAACGACGGAGAGCCCAACAACUGGAAUAACCAGAACGAAGACUGUGUGGACAUGUACACAGACCAGGCUAGGGCCGGCUUGUGGAACGACGCUCCCUGUGACCACACUAGACCUUUUAUCUGCCAAUCUUACAAAGAUGCUAGUCUCCCUGCGCAGCCUGAUACUUCUACCUGCCCCACUGGUUUCGUCUCCUGGAGAGACAGCUGCUACAAGUUGACUCAGACAUCGCAGCCGUGGACGCAGGCUGAUGACGCGUGCAGCCGUGAGGGAGGAGGCGCCCAGCUCGUCAGCAUCUACGACAUCUACGAGCAAAGCUUCCUCAAGUCCCAGUUUGUGCAGCAAGCCUGGAUUGGUCUGUCUGACCAGCAGGUCGCUGGGGAAUACCGGUGGUCCAGCGGCUGGCCUGUCCACUUCACGGCCUGGGGCUAUAACGAGCCGAGCAGGGCAGACGGGGAGGGCUGUGUCGCCAUGGGAACGAACGGCACGUGGGACGACACGGCCUGCACACUCCAACUGCCGGCGCUUUGCGAAAUCACCACAGCCACGCCCCCUCCAACAGCUCGCCCCACGUUCGGCCGCUGCCCAGAUGACACCUGGAUGGCGGUUGGGUCUUACUGCUUCUAUGCGGAGUAUGGACUGUUUGAUACUGAUCAGACCAGGAAAACAUGGUACGAGGCUGAAUUCGAGUGCGUUUCCCGGGGAGCCCACCUGGCGAGUUUCCACAGCCGUGAGGAGAGAAACGUGAUCAUCAGCAGACAGGGGCCGCCGAUAUGGAUAGGGAUGUUCAGGGAUACAAGUGGUGCGCUGGGUUGGUACGACAAUGACCCUGUGGACUUCACGUCGUGGGGAGAGGGUGAGCCGAACAACCCGUCCAGCGGGCACUGCGUCAUGAUGGAAAAUGACGGGACAUGGAACGACGUCAUAUGUACGCGGAGGAACGGCUACGUUUGCAAAAGGGACAAAAUUCCCUACAGCGCUAUCACGGAUAACAGCAUCAACCCCGGGUCGGUAGCAACUGUUCAGUACUGCCAGACGCAGAUGGAUGUGCUCUUCAGAGGGAACUGCUACAGGUACUACGACGAGCGGCCAGAGUCCUGGGCGGAGGCGCGAUCCAUGUGUCAGCUGUUCGGGGCUGACUUGGCCUCAGUCAACAGCGGCGCCGAGACACAGUUCUUGCUGACAUUGGUCGCCAAUUCUGGAGCAAACAGCUUCUGGAUCGGCCUGCGGGAAUACAACUUUGAUGGCCUGUACCAGUGGUCCGACGGGUCAGCCUACUACUUCCACAACUGGCGGCCAGACGAGCCAAACGACUACAUGGGCGCGGAGCAGUGCGCAGAGUUUAUGAAAAGCGAUGGCGGCUGGAAUGAUCUAAACUGUGGAGAUAAGAUAGGCUUCAUCUGCAAGCGACCAUACCACGUUGUAACCCCGCCUCCUCCCACCAGCCCUUGGGAAGGGGGAUGUCCAAAGAACUGGCUGCCAUACGGAAACAAGUGUUACUACGUUGUCAACGACUUUAAUUUGAAAAGAAACUGGGAAGAGGCAAGAUCAUACUGCAGGUCGUUUGGACACACUGACUUUGAUGCGAACUUGGUGUCAAUUGAUAAUGAAUACGAACAAGCAUUCGUGACAAGUCUUCUGACCCAGAGGAUAGGUAUGUGGGUCGGUCUGUUCGAUUCCAUCAGCGAGAAUAAGUUCUUCUGGGCCAGUGGGCACUCCGUCACCUACACCAACUGGAACGACAGGCAGCCCAACGGCUUCAACAACCAGGGACAGGAUGAGAACUGUGUGAUGCUUCACUGGGAGAGUGCUAUAGCAGGCAAGUGGAACGACGUCGCCUGCAGUAGGGAACUGGGCUUCAUCUGCCAGAAAUACAAAGAUCCCGAGUUUCCUGCCACUACACCCACACCAUCCGUACAGUGUCCGCCAGGGUACAGGAACUACGCCAAUAGCUGUUACAAGCUUAUAACAACUAGACAAGACUGGGACUCAUCAGCUCAAAUUUGCCGACAGGACGGCAAUGAACUCGCUAGUGUGACCAGUUCGUACGAACAAGGCUUCCUCACGUCAUGGCUCAAACAGAAGGUGUGGAUCGGCUUGUCAGAUCGCCGGACGGCUGGGCUGUAUACUUGGUCUGAUAAUUGGCCAAUAUACUUUGACAACUGGGGCGAGGGCGAACCAACCAGGGGAGCUAAUGAAGGGUGUGUUGCCAUGGCGAUGAACGGCCUUUGGAAUGACAGUGUGUGCUCCCAGCCACUUCCGGCAGUAUGCAAGAAAACGUUUGACACGCCACCGCCCACACUUCCCCCCUCCCCUGGCUAUUGUCUGGAUAAGUGGUUCGAGGUCGGAGAUAAAUGCUACUUCAUAGAGACUGGCACCCUCGCCGCCAACAAAAAGUCAUUUGUUGAGGCCCAAGCAGAGUGCAGGAAUAAAAACUCAGCCUCCGUCCUCACCAGCAUCCACAGCCAACAUGUUAUCGAUGUCUUCAAGCAGCACCACGGCUGGGGUGUGUGGAUAGGCAUGUACCUAAGAUCUGAUGGUACAGUGGCUUGGCUGGAUUCCACUCCAGUGGACUUCUCGGCCUUCGCGGAGGGAGAGCCAGGCGAUGACGGGUGCAUGCAGAUGGUAACCAGCGGUCUGUGGCAACUUGCACGCUGCAAUGCGAGGAAGGGCUACAUCUGCAGCAUGCCGAAAGUGCCUGGUACCCGCCCACCCUACAACCCGAAUAACCCAGUGGUCAUCUCACCUGGACCUGGACAGAUCUCCGGUCAAACCGGCAACAGGUCGGGUGGUUUGGACGCGGGUUCAGUUAUCGCCAUUCUCCUGGCCGUUGCGAUGGUCUGUAUCCUAGGCGUGGUGGGAGGGUGGUGCUACUUUAAACGGCAGGGCACCAAAUCUCUCUUUGCGUUCAGUGAGAAGACUCCGGCGAACACAGGAAACAUCGGCUUCGACAACGCCCUGUAUGAUGCCACCAGCGGCACAGUUACCAUGCCUGAAAGCCAGGCGUGACAACACUUAGCACUGUGACGACAAGAUUAGUUUUUAUACCGUUUCUUAAUCCAAACCCGUGCUGUAUCCAGAACCAUGUUCAAGUACUGUUCUGAAUAGUCGGUGCGUAUCUUGACCCGUACCUGAAAAUCUACGUACUUUUUGGACACGCGAAGACUAUCCUGAACAUUGCCAGAGCCUAACCUAUUUAGGCGUAGAAUGAGAUAGGCACUGUUAUGGAUACGAUAUCAUUCUUGUUGUCAUCAUUAAUCAUAUUAAAUAACCUGCCAAGUGCGGUGAGAGAUGAUGGGGGUAUCUUAAUAGAUUUUGUUUCUGUGAUAGAACCAACCUAUGACAAGGAUCCCAGACAGAAUUUUCCGUAACAAGACAUGUAACUAACUGGAUUUUGCAGUCCAUGACUAUCUUAAAGAUUCACUCAGUUUGACGAUUACCACGCUUGUGACCGUCCCCUUACAGUAUUGAAUAUCCAUUGAUUUUUUCUGUCAACUUUUAUAUCUGUACCAAGAAUGAUAGUGCUUUUGAUGUAGACAUCAGCACAGCAUAGCUGUCAAAUUACUCGGUAACCAGCUCUAGAUCUCAGCACCAAUAAGUAUACAUAGCGACCCUCAUACUUAGUAAGCCGGGUAAAUGCGAUUGACGAAUACUACUUUCUGUUGCAAUUUGGCUGCUAAUAUUUCUACUACAUGCAAGUUAUGAGUAUAUUUGUAUUUUGCAAAUCAGCCCUAGUGAAAUAACUUUGUAUUUUCUGGCUUUUCUGUUCAAUAAAAAAAUACAUAUAAACAA